AAGAGGCCAGGUAAAAAGAGUGCUGGACGAUCCAUGAUCCAUGUUCUCAGAUCUCACUGCAAGAGGCUUGUUUAUGUAAGGUGAAAAAAUGUGGUCGUUAAUCGGAAGCCAGUUGAAAAUGCUAGUAAACAGGACUUUUAAAGAGGUUAACUUUCCAGGAAUCCCCUUGCUACUGCAGACGUGCAAUGCAACCAAGAAAGCAGGUGGUCAGGCCAGAAAGCAAGGCAAAAAUAGAAGAGGGAAAAGACGAGGUGUAAAGAAACUGGAUGGUUGUCAUGUAAAGGCAGGGCAAAUUCUAGUGAGACAGUUAGGUUAUAAAUUUCAUCCUGGAAAAAAUGUUGGUUAUAGUCGAGAUCACACUCUCUUUUCAUUAUGCGAAGGUUAUGUGAAAUACACGCGGGAACUCUUGGAGCUAAACCCAAUUAAGCUUCCUCGCCGACCCCUAGAUUACGCUGAGAGGAAAUUCAUAAACGUUAUAGAGAGACCAAAAAGUAGAAAACUCAUUUGUGUCAAUGAACAUGAGAUGUCAACAAAUGUCAAGAAUGAUGUUUGAUUAAUGAUUAAGUGAAUUCGUUAGUUUGUACAUUAUUAAAUUUUAAAAUUCUUGUGUUAUAACAGUGAAA